UCUAAUAGUAUCUAUUUUUAUUCCAAGAGAAUUUGCUGCUUAGAUGGACGAUUCAAUCAUAAAUUUGAUAGUAUUUGGAGUUGUAUCAUGGACAACAUUAUUUUUAUUAACAAGAAAAUUGUUCCCAAAUCGUUCUUUUGAUUUUUGUAACCGUUUGGUUUCUACAUUUCAUGCAAUUUUAGCAGUAACUUUGGCUUCAAUCUCUGUUCAAGAUUGGACUUGUCCACUUUGUCCUUUAGCUUCAAGAUCUUCUCACAAGCAGAUGAAGGCAUUGGCAGUGACAGUGGCAUACCUUAUUUAUGAUUUUGUAUGUUGUCUUUUUGACAAGCAAGUGAAGAUUGAUAACUUGAUACAUCAUUUGGUGAGUGUUGUUGGACUUGGAGCUGGCCUUGCCUAUGAAUGGUGUGGUUCAGAAAUGGUAGCAGCAUUGUGUGUGACAGAGAUUUCAAGUCCAUUUUUACACAUGAGGGAGAUUCUCAAAGAGCUUGGAUAUAAAGAUACUGACCUUAAUCUUGCAGCCGAUGUCUUAUUUGCAAUAAUUUUUAGUUGUGCUAGGAUGAUAGGGGGACCAUAUCUAACUUAUGUCACUCUUUCUGCUGAUAAUCCAAUCCUCAUUAAGGCAAUGGCUUUAGGACUGCAACUUGUUAGUGCUUUUUGGUUCUAUAAGAUUGCUAGGAUGAUCAUGUACAAAUUUUCUAGGAGAAAUAAAGCUAAAACUGCUCAUUCAAAUAGUUUUUGACACCCGUUCUCAAACUCGUUGCAAGUGAGGUGCAGUGAUUCCAAUCAGUAGAUGGCGAGCCUUUAUUAUUCGAGGGCAAAUCUAUUCAGAGUUUCUAGUUUAUACUUUUCUUAUCUAUUGUUUAGAGUAGCUUAGGAUUUGUCUUAGCUGCUCAUCAAUAUUAAUAGAGGCUUCAUACACAGUCAAUCAAUAGUUAUAUUAAU